AUGACGGAGGGAAAGGCAUUCUUGCAUUUCGUUUCUUCGCGGGUGAUUGAUGUAUCCGAGAAAUUGCACACAGGGAAGGACCGGGCCCUGGACGAUUUGGACUCUGUCAAGGUUUAUACCGUCAAUGGCGCAGCGUCCGGUUCGUCUUCGUCUCUCCCGGACUGGCUCACCCGAAAGCGAGUCGCAAAGAAGGGGAAGCGUGCAGUCAAAGAACAUGUAGAGGGAACCAUUGACCUCAUUCAAGAAUUCCAAUUUCCUGAGGCGAGCAAUAGAAUCAAGACUACCCGUGACGGUCACCAUGCAAUUGCAACGGGUGUAUACAAACCGCAAAUGAGGGCGUACGACCUCGACCAAUUAACACUUAAGUUCGAGAGACACACAGAUGCGGAGAACGUGGAUUUCAUAAUACUUUCAGAUGAUUGGACAAAGACGUUGCACUUGCAAGCCGACCGGUCGAUCGAGCUACACACACAAGGAGGGUUUCACUACCGUACUCGUAUACCCCGGUUUGGGCGAGCCAUUAAUUAUCAUUUCCCUUCGUGUGAUGCGCUCGUCGGAGCUUCUGGACCAGAGGUCUACCGCCUUAAUCUCGACCAGGGCCGUUUCAUGACUCCGCUGGUUUUGGAGGGAGAAGGAGGAGAGGAAGUCGCUGGUGUAAAUGCAAUUGACGUCAACCCGGCGCACCAACUUUUAGCGUUCGGGAUAGAUGGAAAUGCAAGCGUUGAGUUCUGGGAUCCGCGAUCUCGAUCUCGUGUAGGCUUAUUGCAACUUCCGCGUCAUCAACUCGCUGUGAAUGGGUCCAUUGCACCUCCUCUGCCUGGAGUUGACGAUGACAAAACAGGCAGGGGGCUUUCGGUUACUGCCAUUACAUCGCGGACAGACGGUUUGUCGUAUGCUAUCGGGACGUCUACAGGUCAUACAUUGCUAUAUGAUAUUCGAUCACCAAGACAUUACGCGAUGAAGGAUCUGGGGUAUGGGCUUCCCGUAAAGAAUGUCUCCUGGAUGGAAGGAGGGAGUCGGAUGGCGGGAGAUGGGCUAGUACUCAGUGCAGAUAGGAAGGUAAUCAAAAUAUGGGACAAGAAUAAGCCCGAGGGUAAUUUCGUGUCCAUCACACCUGCGUACGACAUCAACCAUGUGCAUCACAUACCCGCAAGCGGAUUACUAUUACUAGCAAAUGAAGGCAUUCAAAUGACGAGCUAUUAUAUUCCGCAAUUGGGACCUGCUCCGAGAUGGUGUAGCUUCUUGGACAACAUCACCGAAGAAAUGGAGGACCAGACCGUACGUAAUGUAUACGAAGAUUACAAGUUCGUCGAGAAAGACGACCUCUCUAGACUCGGACUGGACCAUCUUGUCGGAACACCUGCGCUGAAACCUUACAUGCAUGGCUAUUUCCUCUCGUUACGCCUGUAUGAUGCAGCCCGUGCGAUUGCAAACCCAUUCUUAUAUGAAGAACAUCGCGCGAAGCGUGUACAAGAGAAGCUCGACAAGCUCGCAGAAAGCCGAAUUCGUGCACGAAAGGAUAUCCAAGUACCGAAGGUGAACAAGGUACUAGCACAACGUAUACAGAAGGAAGAGGGGCGUGUAGCUCGGCACGAAGAAAAGAAGAUGGAGAGGCGGAUAAACUGUGCUGCAGCCGAGGAGACCAGAGAUGACCCGGGAGAGGCUGGUGACCUGGAGAUGGAAGAAGUGCCCACAAGGAAGCCCAAAAAGGCCAACCUACUCAAUGACCCGCGAUUCUCAGCACUCUUUGAAAAUCCAGAAUUUGAGGUCGACGAGGAAAGUAGGGAGUUCAAUCUUCUCAAUCCUUCGCUUUCUGCACAAAAGAAAGCACCAAAAACGGCUGUGGAAGAGGAAGAGGAAGAAAGCGAUCGUCGAUCUGGCUCAAUUGAAGGCAGCUCGACCUCGAGCGACGCUGGGGAAGGAAGCGGUUCUGAGGAUAGCAGUGAUGCAGGUGACUUGGAUCAGUAUAAUCCUCGUGCACGACCAGAGAACUCGGCGUCCGCCUUUCCAACCGCAUCACGCCGCCCGACAAAGCAGGUGCGUAUGGUCGCGGCGGCACCAGAGGCUGCAGGUCGCAGUGGUAGAACUCGCGCACCUGCAUUUGGUAAAGAUGCGACGUUUGGCCAGCGUCGCCAGGGAGUAUCUGCAUCGACAAUAGGGAAGGGCAAGCAUCGCGCGUCUGGUGCCUUAGCCGAUCCUGGUGGCGACUUGGAGAUUUCAUGGAUUCCUCAGCACUCAUCGGGCGCACAAGACGAAGAUGAGCCCGCUGGCGUGCGCGGCAAUUCCAAACGCAAAACGAGCAAACAAAAAGGUACGACGUUCGGUGCGGGUCUUGAACGUGGCUGGGACGAAGGAGAGGACAGACGAAGAAAAAUCAUGCCGGAGAGUGACAGACAUGGAAGGACGCAUAGAAGGAGCAACGUCAGGAGUGGCAGUAAAAAUGCAUUCCGAGGAUUAUGA